AUGCGAUACCCUUGUGAAAUAUGUGGAAAACUAACAAUUGGAUUUCAUUAUGGGGUCAACUGCUGUAAUGCUUGCAAGCAAUUUUUCAUUCGUGCCGUUACUAGUGACAAAAUUCCAAAUACUUGCUCAUCUAAAAAUGGAAACUGCCAAAAAUGCAGAUUCUGUCGUUAUCAACUUUGUCUCCAAGCCGGUUUAGUGGCUCCAUGCGUCAAAAAUUUCAGUCCAGACCUCUCAAAAGUUUUGGAUCAUUUUAAAUACCUUGAGUUCCAUCGAAAUGACAAAUUUCUGAAUUUCAUCCCUCUGGGGACUUUCAACCUAGACGAUUCAGUUCUCGCGGAAAAUGGGAACUACACGGAGAAACCUGAAAAUUUCCAGCCAAAUUUCGAUACCUGGGUGGCGGUGUGUUUCAGCACUUCAGUGGAUUUCAUAAAACGAUGUGAGGUUUUUGAAGAACUGUCGAAAUGCGAAAAAAUGAGUUUGGUGAAACAAUCCUAUCGAAUGCAUGGGACCUUUUGUUUGGCAAUGAGAUCAUUUGUAAAUCGACAAGAGAUUGCUCAAUUUCCUGGAGGACUGGAUAUAGUACCUGAGGAGAUUCAGAAUCGAUAUCAGAAUUGUCCAGAGAUCCUUAACCGAAUAAAAUGUCCGCUGGUUGCCAAAUUACGCGAGUUGAAAAUUACCAAUGAGGAAUAUUUGCUUUUAAGUGCUCUAAUGAUUUGUAAUACGGCACCAUCAAUUUUUUCGGAAUUCGGACAAAACCACAUUGGCCAUUACCAAAAACUAUUUUCAUCCCUACUUCUCCAAUAUUGUCUACAAAAUUAUUCGAAAAAUGGUCCAUCCAGAUUUUCAGACCUGCUCACAAUUUUUUACACUGUUAACGGAAUACUCCAGGAUUUCGACAAUGCAAUUAUCCCAUUUUUGUAUACUCAAUCAAAAACGGAAACGCAGAGAAUGUUGGAAAAUGUUAUGGAGCAGAAGUUGGAUUGA